GUUGUCAUUGGUUGAUAAAUAAUAAUCAUUUGAUUGUUAACUGUUGUUGUUUAAACUUGAUUGUAUCGUCAAACGUCAUAUAUUGUUCCUUGAAUCUUGUUUUUUUUUGUCAUUGUAUCCAAACAAAUCAGACUAUUCGAGUCUGAAUCAUCAUUCAAUUCAAUUAUGGAAUAUCUUUUAUCAAUACCAUUGAAAAAAACCUACGAAGUUGAUUUGGUCAAAUAUUUAAAGGUGUCAAUCACUGCUCAAUAUGGUAAUGUUGAUGAAAAAUCCAAAGAUAAUCUUGAAGUUUUGAAUCGUAUGCGUAACAAUGCUACAUCACGUAACAUUGAAUCAAGUCAAGAAACUAGUUUGGAAAUUAUUGAAAAAUAUUAUGAUCAAUUGGUUUUAUUGCAUAACAAACUACCACAAGCAAACAUUCCAUUUAAAUGGAAAGAUGCAUUCGAAAAAGGUGGUAUCUUUUCAUCGUCCUCAAUGACCGUAUCAAAUUUAAGUUUUGAAAAAGUUUGCAUCAUGUUUAAUAUUGGUGCUUUGAUGAGUACAUUGGGUGCCUAUUAUUGUAAAGAAGGUGCAUUCAAUGAUAAUUCAUUGAAACAGGCUAUUAAACAUUUUCAAGGUGCUGCUGGUAUUUUUCAGGCUUUGAAACAUACAACAUCAUCAUCAUCUGAUGGUAAUGAGCUUACAUUCGACCUACAAACAGAAGUGUUGAACAUGUUACAACAUAUGAUGUUGGCACAAGCUCAAGAAGCAUUCUUUUUUAAAGCAUACAAUGAUGGUAUGAAAGAAAGUUCUAUAGCAAGAAUCGCUGCUCAAUGUGUUGAAUUUUAUGGUGAAGUUGAAAAACAAAUUCAAUCGAUAAAUUUUAAAGAUAAAUCAUUUUUACCCGAAUGGGUGGAUAUUUUUAUUCAAAAACAUAAUGCCUAUAAAGGUGUAGCCGAAUAUUAUCAGGCUAUGGUGGCUAAAGAUAAAAAAGAAUUUGGUGAACAAAUUACUCGUUUGACAAAAGCAUUGGAAUUUCUUAAAUCGGCCGAAACUCGUGUUGUAAUUGGUAUGGCUGAAAAAUUCAAAGAAAUUGUCAAUAAAGCUACAUUGGCAUUGGAAGAAGUGAAACGUGAUAAUGAUUUUAUUUAUCAUGCACGAAUACCGGAUUAUAAAUCUUUACCAACAAUUUCGAAAGCUUUGUUAGCCAAAUGUACUGAUAUACCUAAUCUGUUUUUUCCUAAUGAAACUGAUCUAUUUACUAAUUUGUUACCAUUGGCUAUGCAUCAAUCGAUUUCACGUUUUGAAAAUCGUAAACAAGAAUUGGUUAAUGGUGAAAUUGCACAUUUGCGUGAAAUGACACAAACAUUAAGCGGCAUUCUUGCAUCGUUGAAUUUACCUGCAGCCAUUGAAGAUACACAAGGUGUUGAAGUGCCAAAAUCAAUACAGGAAAAAGCAACAGCAAUUCGACAGAAAGGUGGUAUUGAAGAAAUUGAACGUUUGAUUAAUGAAUUACCAGAUCUUUUGAAAAGAAAUCGUGAAAUAUUGGAUGAAAUUGAACGAUCGUUGAAUGCUGAAGAGGAAAGUGAUAGCAAAUUACGUAGCCAAUUUAAAGAUAAAUGGACCCGAACACAAUCAAACAAAUUGAAUCAAACAUGGCGUUCACAUAUUGCCAAAUACCGAAGUAUCAUUGAAAAAGCUGUUGAAGCUGAUAAAAAGCUUAAAGGCAAUUAUGAUAUGAAUAUUGAAAAAAUCCGUUUACUUUCAAGUCCAUCCAAUGCUUUGGCUUCAGCUAUUCCUUCCAAUCAAUCUGGUGGUUCUUCGAUCGAUGAUUCAGCCGUUCAGGCAUUACGACAAUUAAUGUUACAAGUAGAUUCAUUGAAACGUGAACGUGAAUCGCUUGAAAAUGAUUUGAAAAACAUUGAAUUUGAAGAAUUACGUAAACAAUUUAUGAGCUAUUUGAAUGUCAAUGCUGGUGUGGAUGAAACAACAGUUGCUGCUGAAGUGAUUGGUAAUGCAUACAAUGAACUUCAGAAAAAAGUUCGCCAAAGUAAAGAGAAACAGGAACGAUUAAUAACGGAGAUUCAAGAAGCCAAUCAAAAAUUUGUAGCUCAACGUGGUUCAAGUGGUUCAAAACGAGAUCAAUUUCUUAAGGAUUGUGCUGCAGCUUAUGAAGCUUAUAUGCAAUUGUUAUCGAAUCUGAAAGAAGGCAAUAAAUUUUACAAUGAUCUUACCCAAUUAUUGGUCAAUCUUCAAGGCAAAGUAAAUGAUUUUUGUUUUGCACGUAAAGCUGAACGUGAAGAAUUGUGCAAAGAUUUACAAAACGAUAUCGUAUCCAAGCCAAAUGAUCCAAUACCUAAGGCACCUGAUUAUCAAAAACCUGAUAGCAGCAGUAGCGGUAGUUCGUCAUCCGCUCCUCCGGCAGCACCAUAUCCGCAAUAUAAUCCAUACCAGGCACCUGGAUACAAUUAUUAUCCACCACCACCAUUGCCACAAGGAUUCAAUCCAUUUGUUUUGCCACAACCACAAGCUGGAGCUUAUUAUCCACCUCCAAAUUAUCAAUAUCCACCACAAGGAGGUCAUCCACAGCCAGGUUAUCCAUAUCCACAACCACCACCAUCAUGAUGAUGAUUCUGGAUUCCAUUUUCAACAAUAUUGAUCGAUUGUUUUUUUUUGGUGUGUGCCUUUUUGUUUUGCGAUUUUUCAAUCGCUCUUAUUUUGAUGUUCUAACAGAAUUUCUUCCGGUCAAAUUUACUCAUGAAUAAAAAUAUGAUUGUUAUUU